AAAGUUGGCAACGGUUCCUAACCUAAUACUUUGCAGUAGUGUUCUAAAUUAUUAUUCAAAUAUAAUUUGUAGGUAAACUUAAUUAAUUCUAAUAUAUUUUAGUCUUUAGUUAAGGAUUCUUGCUCCUGGACAACACUUCAUAUAUGUGAGUAAAAUGGCAAAAAGUACACCAGAUGUUGGCACUGAAGUGGUGGAGGGCAGUUACUCCCAACCACCUUCCUGCAAACAGAGGCCAGAGCGCUAUGAUCCUGAAGAAACUGAGAAGCACCGCAUUGCAGCAGCAAUUGCCUUUGUGGCCAUCAUGAUUGUGGUUGGUCUCCCGCUGUGGUGGAAGACCACGGAAGUGUAUCGGGUGUGGUUGCCGUACUCCAGGAUAGAGGCCCUGAAAACUUUAGACGUUCGUAUCGAGCUGAGAAUAUUUGUAGUGGGGUCAGAUGAAGUCAGGGGUACUAAGUUAGCAGAUGACUUACACAAGUUGUUUAAUGACUCUCUUCUAUUUAGAGCUAAUAUAUCUGUGGAAACUAAUGUGCGUGGUGUAGAUAAUGUGGCUAUUUCAGAAGAUUUUGACAGUGUAACCGUGAAACAUACUGGUGUAGGAGAAAUUUGCUUGUUGGAGGUAAAAAAUUCUCCCAAAUUAACACACAACAAAAUAUUGGUGGGGACGAAGCGGACAGUGUAUUUUUCUCCUAACACUGAAGCAUCGGAGCUGUACGAAGUUCUUCAGCGAUGGUGGCUUAGAGAAGCGUCUCUCACCAGGAUGAUGAAUGCCAUGAUAACACCGACAGAAGUUGACCAAGAUGCCGCUGGUCGACGGAGGGUCCCGGCAGCUAAAGAAUAUGACAUUUUAAUAACAGCCAUAAAUAAUGACCCGGAGAAGCUCCAUCUCAAAUGGAAUCUGGCGAAAACUGUCCAAGAUUACUUGGAACCAUUUUUGUCUAAGUUGUCUUCACUAGCAACAUUUAAAGUUAAAUCUCAGUGGUUGUACUACGUGUCGCUGGAAGUCCACCCAAAGCUCGUGACACAGACUGCAACAAUGGGCCAGCAUUAUGCCCUGGCUGAAGAGUUGUUGCCGCACAUAAUAACUCCCUUGGAGAAAAAGCUAGCAUCGCACGUUUCUCAGAAUCGAUGUCUCAACUUUGUGGUCUACAUUCCACCGUGCAGCGCUGCCCCUCUGCACAUCUACAGGAAACAAGGAACGCGUGCUGCGACGACAUUGGAUGCAUUCCUCUCGCCAAGAUGGGGUGGAAUCAUGAUUCACAACCCACCAAACAACAUUUGUCAGGAGAGUGAUGUUGUAGAGCCGGUAGUGGUGUCGCCAGACUCUCCUGCCAUCAUGAGCAUUAUAUUGGAGCAGCUCAGACUCUUAUUGGGUGUUCCUAAACGGGAGAAGAUCCGGUCUGUUAACGUCGUGGCCGGUACAAGCCAUCACCUGUCGGAAUGGGAGUUGGACUUCCUGCUUCGGGUCAGGACGCUGGAACAGUUUACGUCUGCCAAGAUCACUUUGCUAUCGUUAUCCCAGCUACUAGGCGAGAUCAGCAACAUCGUAAUAAAUGAUGAUGUUGGUGAAUCUAUUUACGACGCAGUUGAUCAAGUGGAGAAUGUUGCAGAGUUAUUACAACUUGGCUAUUUAGAAGAUGCGUUCAACGCCUCUAAGAAAGCUUUCCUUUCCUCAGAGUCCGCAUUUACGGAUCCUUCAUUGCUGGCAUUGUUGUACUUCCCCGAUGACCAGAAGUAUGCCGUGUACAUUCCACUUUUCUUACCAGUGAUGAUUCCAGUGUUUAUGUCUCUCAAGAAUAUUUACAGAUUCUUCAAAAACAGUAAGACUGUAAAAGUGAAAGAUGACUGAACACAAUAAGAAAUAGUAUGUUGGACAGUGUUUGCUGAAUUUUAGAUGGCUACUACAAAUAUAAAGACACUCUAGAGGCCUUGAUGGUUAGUAUGCCAGCCUCUAAGAGUGAUUAUUGUAUAACACUCAUUGGUUCAUCCCUUGGAUUUUGGCAACAGAUUAACAUGGCUGACGGUGACAUUUGGAGUUAUUUGAGGUUCUCUAUUGUACCCCUCCAAAGCAUUCCAUCACUGCUAUUAUGAAAGGCCUCAUUCCUUGACACCUUUUGAUGCUCUUGGUGUUUGUGGGUUCCAGUUAGGACUGUGUCACAUGUCAAAGUGGACACUGACAUUUAAGGCAUGUAUGUUAUGGAUGGGUCUUACAUUAUUUUGGAAUUUUGUUUGACAUUUCCAUGCCAACAUGUCGAAAGCAAUAUCUGGAUGCCACGCCAACAUAUUUAGGUUACACGGCAGAUACAAAAUGUGUUACGGCUAACAUGUCAAUGUUAACAUUUAGUCUUUUAUAUUUUAAAUUAUUAUGUUUUGAAUACUGCACUAUUAGGAUGAAAAAUAAUUGAAUAAAUGUUUUGAGAUUUUUAAAAAAAA